GGAUGCCGAACAAUUAUCUGCAAUUGGGGGUACUGGGACACUUUACAAGAACGUUAGACACGGGAAGGGAGGCGGGGAAACUUGACAACAGUACUUGAGAUAUGGAUACGAUACGGGUCCCCUCUUCAUAUGGCGAUAUUCAUUUGCGGGUUUCUUAUUUACACAUCAUUUGAUUUUCUUGACGCGUUUACUCAAAAGAAUGGGAUUAUGUCGAGACAGACACACACACACACACACACUCACUCACUCACUCAAUCACACACAUCGAGGUGUCAUUGUGUCAUUGUGUUAUCGACUGAGAAGGCUCGCGCUGGAAGUUACAUUUGCAUAGGAAGGAAUUCGAAAAGCAUAGCACAACGGCGUGGAACAGCUGCUGUUACUUGUACUGCAAGCAAGCAGUUAAACAUGCGAGCACAUUACGAGGUUCAACAAAUUUGCGGAGAAGCAGAGAAGAGAAAAACUCAAAUCAUGAACUCUGGGUUCGAUAGACGGGAGAAGCAAUGGGCGACGAUUUUAAGACACAUGCAUACACACUAUAGACUCCCGCCACCUUGGCAAUGUUACCAACGCAACGGGUGGGACGGGUCUGUGUUUGUGUAAGUACUUGUAAUGAAGGAUCAAUAGAAAAGGGCACAACUUUGCAGUCAAUAGUAGAUGUUGAUGUGUAGCGAUACGGGCUUGCUUUGAAGUACGGCAUCUACAUGCCGGCGUGAACCUUUCUCGCCCGACAGGAAUUACAGGUUUAUCCACAAUGAAUCCCUAUUUCAUGUGAGUCACGCAAGGCCAUACGGGCUAUCGUACGCGGGGCUUAUGGGCAGGAUUGAACAUCAC